AUGGGUGGUGGUUCCGGCGGAGGCAUAGGUGGCGGGAGCGGUGGAGGCUUUGGUAGCGGCGGCGGUAUGGGUGGUGGUUCCGGGGGAGGCAUAGGCGAUGACAACGGUGGAGGCCUUGGAGGUGGCAACGGUGUAGGUGGAGGGAAGGGCGGUGGUUUUGGAGGUGGCGGUGGAAGCGGUGGUGGAUUUGGUGUUGGAGCCGGAUCUGGUGCUGGAAUGGGAGGCGGCUUUGGAGGCGGUGGAGGAAAAGGCGGUGGUUUUGGAGGUGGCAGUGGUGGUGGAUUUGGUGCUGGAGCAGGUUCUGGUGUUGGAAUGGGUGGCGGCUUCGGAGGCGGUGGUGGUGCAGGUAGUGGUUUUGGAGGCGGCCUCGGAGCUGGCAGUGGUAUAGGUGGCGGUUUUGGAGGUGGAGGUGGCGUAGGAGGUGGCUUUGGAGCCGGCGGAGGUGCAGGAGGCGGCUUUGGAAGUGGUGGUGGUGCGGGUGCAGGCAUGGGAGCUGGUGUCGGAGGUGGCAUCGGUGCUGGCAGUGGUAGCGGUAUUGGUGGAGGUAGUGGAUUGGGCAAGGGCGUUGGUGCUGGAGGCGGCAUCGGAGCUGGCAGUGGCAGCGGUGUUGGUGUAGGUAGUGGAUUGGGCAAGGGUGUUGAUGCUGGAGGAGGGAUUGAAGUCGGCGGAGGUGCUGGAGCCGGAAAGGGCCUUGCCACUAGAGGCGGUCUUGGAGCUGGCCGUGGCACUAGUGGAGAUGGUAGAAUGGGCCACAAUGUUGGUGCUAAAGUUGGCGGUGGCGAGAGAAAACGUGGCGGAGAACACCACGGUAAAAGCAAUAAUGGCAGGAAAAAGAAGCAAGGGUGUUUAAACUGAGUUGUUGGUGACGUAUUUGUUAGUGCAUCUCCAAUGAUGGCCCACAAAUUUGCUUCGACAUCCAUAUCCGCGGACAGGAUGGACCAGACCGCGGCACGGAUGCAGGAGGCGGCCAUCUAACGAUGCCUGCAUACAUUUCAAGUCGGGUUUCAACUAAUGGGACGAAAUUCAUGCAAACACGACGGAUUUCAUCAAAGUUAGGAUAAAAAAUAACAUAAUUGUUCAUACAUAGCAUGCAAAAAAGUCUACUACAACAAUAAUUCAAAUUCAACGAGAUUAACUGGAUGUUCAACAAGUUCUUCGCAAACGG